AUGGCGCCAACAACAGACAUUGACCUCUACACGGCCGGAACACCCAAUGGCCAGAAGAUCAACAUCACCCUGGAAGAAUUAGGAUUGCAAUAUACCGUUCACAAGAUCGACAUCGCCAAGAACGUUCAGAAAGAGGAUUGGUAUCUGGAGAUCAAUCGUACGUAUUUCGCCAGUGCCAAAAUCGUAAAAGAAAAAAAAAGGAUAAACGAUCCAGGCUGAGAGAUUCGAAUCAGCGAACGGCCGGAUUCCCGCCAUCGUCGACAAGACCUUCAACAAGAAGGAGGGGAAGCGGGUCUUCGAGGGAGCCUCGAUCCAGUUAUACCUCGCAGCGAAAUACGACGAGGGGAAUCGCUUGGGGUUUGCGUAUGAUACGGAUGAGUAUUGGGAAAUGGUGGAAUGGAUGGUCUGGAUGCAGAGUGGAUUGGGACCGAUGCAGGGACAAGGUGAUCAAUCUUUCUUCUUCUUCUUCUUGUUCUUUCUUCAAUUUUCCAUACUAAAGACCCGGCACAGCAAACCAUUUCUACCGCUACGCACCCCAAAAGAUCCCCUACGCCAUCGACCGGUACCAGACGGAAACGAAACGCCUGUAUCAAGUCCUCAACGACCGUCUGGCUGCGCAAGAGGAGAAGCUCGGAGGAGGCAAGGGCCUCUGGAUCGUCGGGGGCAAGUAUACGAUUGCGGAUAUCUGUUGCUUCUGCUGGGUGAAUUGGGCGGAAUGGGCUGGUGUCGAGGUAAGAAGAAAAAACCCGCCAAAAAACAAAAAACAACCAAGACGUCUUCCUCCUUCCUCCUUCCUCCUUCCUCCUGAUUCCUGAUUCCUGUGUUUAUUCAUUCUUGACUGAUCCUUUCACUUACGUAUAUUGUAUUUCAUCCAGACGAAGACCUUCCCCGCUCUGCAGCGCUGGUUGGCAACGAUCCAGACCCGCCCGGCCGUCGACAGGGGGAACAAUAUCCCCGACAAGUUCGAAAUGAAAGAGGCCAUGAAGACCAAGGCAGGCGAGGAGGAGUAUGCGAAACAUCACUCCAACUGGGUCAUGUUGGGGAUGAAGGAGGAUCAGGAAAGGCAUAGGUAG